CGAGAAGAGCGAUUAUAGUAAUUUGAAUGUAUUUAAGAAUGGCGGGAACGCGAAUUACAAAAACAAUUGCAGCUAUUAUCAAACAUCAAAGUUAUUAUAUUUUGUUGUUCUUCGACUUGGUCGCCAUUAUUUUUUUAUCCAAGCAACGUUUUGUUCAAGUAUGGAUUCGUUUUUUUUACAUUUCAUCUGUCUGAUGUAAUCUGUACUCUGUAGUUAACUGUUGAACUACUUAUGACGGUCUGAAGCAAAAUCGACCGAAUAUGGAUUUUUACAAUAAGAACUUUUACCUGAUGGUCCGUCAUGUCGACCCCGAUGGUAUGUUAAACGUACCUUUGAAUGUGUUUACCCACAAAAAGUGUUUGGGUAAAUAUUUUAAGACAUGCAAUGAUUUUAAAAAAUUGGAUAUGGUCGUCGCUUGUGAAAAGUCAAUUAUACUCCUUAAUAAUUUUGAAGAUAUUGUGAAUGGACCUUUGAAUAUGCCAUACUUCCAGAAUACUUUUCAACGGAGAAAAUAUGCAUUUAUACUAAUUAGUGAAUCAUUUAUUGGAUUACUUAUAUUAUACAAAAAUUCUGUUACUGCUUAUUAUGAUACUUGCAACAAAUCUUUAAAACACUUUUUCCCAUUCAAAAUGCCGUUAGACAUUAUUGAUAAAGAGUCCAGACCAAAUAGUAGAAAAAAACCAGCUAAUCAACCAUUGCAGAAAAAACGACUGAAGAAAAAUGAAGAACAAUUGACUGAAACUCAAAACCUAAUAUUAACUGGUAGAAGUACUGAUGUUCAAGGAGUAAAUUUACCAUUUAAACCUUCAGCCAAUUCAACUGGAGUCGAUGCCAGAAUGAGCAUGCCUGAUAACAUGGUUCUUAUGGCGUGUGAGCAAAACAUUGAUGGUAUUGGUGGUAUACUAAUGAAAGACGUUUGCCAUAACAAAACAAUCGACCAAUUACAAAUAACUAAUUUGAAUCAAAGCAAGCUCCUGAACCAACCAACAGAACAAUUUUCCAACUUGAAUCCAAAUAUAAUGCUAGAUAUUCAACUAUUUUCUAACACUGUAGAACAACAAAAUGGCAUUGAAAGCAGUAAACCAACUGACCAACAUUUAAACAAACCCUCAGGAGAAUUCCCAAACUUGAAUCCAAAUAUACUAGCAGAUAACCCACUAUUAUCCAAUGUUGGAGAAAAAAUGGUUACUGAAAACAUACAAACCAUAGUCGGUGGUCAAGAUCAACCCUUGCAACAAACUAAUAACUUUACAAAAAAUAAUACAAAUCAACAAAAAGAAAUGCUCACAGAAAAUGAAUGUAUUUUAUCAGUCAUACAACAACCUCUCAAACGAAAAAGACGGAGUAAAGUUAUUGAACACAACAAAAAGAAAACAAAAAUUGAAUACAGCAGUGCUUGCUUGAAUAACAGGAUAAAGAAAUUCGAAGGAGAUGCUAAAACUGAUAGACCGUUUCAAAUUAUGACGAACAAAUUUGUACACCAAUUUAUGAAUCAUUUACCAUUAAGACAUUUUGCAUUUUAUAAUAAACUUCAUAUUGGAUUUGCUGCUUUAACACUACAAACGGAGCUCGAGAUAAUAAAUAUUCAAGACGAUGUAUUUAAUAAUGAUAUUACAAUGAAUAACUAUAAAGCAAUUGUUGAAAAAUGUAACUACUCUAAAACACCAAGUUAUAAUUGUAUUUUUGAACAGUGUAUGAACAACUCAUUACCUCAUUUAAGUUUAAUUUCAUUAGCAGAAGAAUGCUUAACCAACAAUAGUGUAGUAUGGAGAGAUACUGUAAACGAGAUGAACAAGAAAUUGGAAAUUGGCCUAAAAGAUGUAUCGGCCAUUACCAGGAUAUCUAAAGGAGAUUGGGAUGAAUUCGAAGCCAGGAUAAAACGCAAAGUCAAUAAUAGUCUUUUGCCUAAUAAAACACUGGUAGUACCAGAAGUGUCUCAUGUUGAAUUAUCACAACCUUUCGUUGCGUUUCCAUUGCCUCAAGACAUAGAUGAGUUGCUUAAUGUAACCCCAAAUUUAACGCGUUUACCCCAGCAUAAAUCUACAGAGUUGCCUGAAGUGGUUUUUGAAGAUCUACAACAAAUGCCUAUCGAACUUGGGAACUUGAAUAACGCAUACGACGAUCAAACACCUCGACAUGAUUUUUCGCCAAAUAAAAUUCACGGAAAAGACGUUUUAAGCAAGAUUGCCGAACUCCUGAGUAGUCCUAACGCUACAGGCAACAGCGUGCAAUUUACGCAACUGUGUCCUGUGCAAGUGACUUGUAGAAAAAAAGCCCUUCAAAUGAUAUCCAAGUUACUUUCUUUACACAAAGAAAAGGGUAUUAUACUAACACAACCUAGUGGAAGUAUGGAUCCGUCUUCAAUUACAAUAGAAUUAAAUUACUAAACAUAUUUUUAUAGUGUUUUU